AUGUCAAGGCAUCAUGACACCAUGCUGUUAGUUGCAACGAACACUCCAAUCACUCAUAACACCAACACCAACAACAACAACACCAUCAUCAGCAACAGCACACGGAUUAAUGAUCACGAUGUGCACACGAAUCAAGAUCUUGCCAGUGGAAACUUUCCACGAACGCCUACAACAUUACCUUCUUCUGCUCCGACAACAAGAACACCAACUCUAAAAUUAAAAUCCUCCUCCAAUACCUCCUCGACAACAACCACCGGCAACACGUACACGAACAAACACAACAACGACAACGACCUGCUCAGCGAACUCAAUUUCACUGACAUUCACACGCUCUCAAAUAAUACGCCUUUUGGAACAUUGACAGGCAUGUUCACAACAAGUGGCAACAACACCUCCAUACAUCCUUCCCAAGGAUCCUCUAGACCUAUUCCAUCACGACAACCAUCAUUUCUGCCGUCAAUAGCAACAACCAUGCUUGAAACAUUGAAAAAAUUCAACAAGUCUUUUCCACAAUCUUGCUCCCUCGCUUUCAUAAUUGGAUUAAUCAUGAUUAUUUCCACUUUAAUUUUGUUGAUACUCAUGAUAGGUGCCAUUUCAAUAAGUCUCUUUUCCCUCCUAAAUCAAUCGAUGUUGAUUCAUUCUCGACAUGGAGGUGAAUUUCAUUCACAGCGUUUUUCUUCUUCAUUAAUUUCAUGGAUUUGGAAUUCCUACAUAUUAUGGCUUAAUGCAAGGCCAUUCAACUCACGUCAAAGUGGCUUUCCUUCAAUAUUCAAUUCUCUCAACAUGUUACAAGCAAAUAAUGAUCACUAUACGGACAAUAGUACCUUUUAUACGCUGGAUGAGAAAUUUACACAUUGUCGAGUAUUUCCUCAAACUGGGCAAGGACGAGCGAUUCUGCAGUGGAAAUUUUUGGACGAGCAAUCGUUUUCAAAUUACACACCUCUCAGUAAUAACAAAGAAGCGUCAAAGGGACCAAUUAUUCGAAUGAGACUUGUCAUUGGAGAAACUCCAUCUAAUAUUUAUACCUAUCCUAAACUUUUUGCAUUUGCCAAGAGUGUGACAAGUUUGGAAUUGAAAAAAUUGUUAAAAAACGAAAUGGAUGAGCUGGGAGAUCAAUAUCAAUACUUUUUCAAUCAAGAAUUGGAUAGCACGUCGAGUAUUAAGAUGAUUCAUUUUCUUAACCAAUCGCGCAUCACGUUACAUACUUCUUACAUGGAUGGACUGCCAACGUUCUAUCUUUCCCGAAAUAACGUGACACAACAACCGUAUUUGCAAAAUGUGACAGGUUCAACCAUUACCGAAAUAAUUAUUCCCAAUGAUGUAGCCAAUAAUAACACCAAUUAUCCUGAUGCAAUUUGUAAUGACGGAGAUGACGUGGCCUUGUUACCACUUUUCAAAAAAACUAGAAUUGUUUCUGCCAACAACAACACAAAAAAGGCACAGAGUUAUUGCAGCUAUUAUCAUGCAUUGCUUCAAACUGGAGGGUGUUACAUUACCUAUGAGAAGAGAUUGAAUAGUAUUUUGACAAGGUCGAACACUUCUACUUACUUAGAUCCACAAAGUAAUGAUGAGAAUGACGCUUCUUCAUUGAAAUUUGUGGUGUUUUUUGUUUCUCAUCACUCGGCAAACUUUCUUAAAAACAUAACCUCACCAUCAGAGCAAGCCAAGUUUUUUGCAUCACUCAUUACCAGUCAAAAUCCAGAAGUGUUUUAUUUGGCACAUGAAGUGGAUUUUUCCAAAGAUUAUUAUGACAUGAAUUGUGAUUAUUAUGUCAGUCUCUACAGUAUAUCCCCAAUGGAAUUUUAUAAUUAUUGGAGAGCGAUUCGACACGUGUGUUUAUUCUUGUACUCGAUGAUGGUUGCUGGAUUUUUACUCUUUUACAAGAACAAACAACCUAUUAAGAGCAGAAUACUCAUUUCAGGACUCAGCGUUGUUGCUUGUUUAAUAUUUAGCAUUGUUGGAUGUGUCUCUGAUUUCAACUUUUUUAAUUAUGAUGGAAUUGAAUAUUCUUUUUACAUUACAUUGGCAGUUCUGUAUUUGAUAUCCAUGUGUCGAUAUUUAUUUGUGAGAAAUUUGUAUCGAGUUGUGAAAGUUGUAGACGGUUUGGAAGAUGUGAAAUUCAAUGACGAGAAAAAAGUACGUCAUUUUAAGAAACGCUUGGAACAGCUAUAUGCUCUGUCAAAAUUGGCAUCUGUACGAUUUUUUGGAGCUGUUGUGGUCAUACUUGUCAUGUUAUUUAAUAUCCCCACUCCAGUAUUUGUGUGGAUUCUAAAUGACACGAGUAUUGUUCCUGAUGAUGUCAAGAAUUUUUUCUUAUCAGCCAUUGUCUACUUGAAAAUGAUUUCCCUUGUUAUUGGAUUUAUACUACCUGGCUUUUGCACGAUAUUCAUUGAUUUGACCAUCAAUAGAAAGUGGAUUUUUAAUCCUGUGUUUGAAUUUUUCAAGAGCAAGAUGAAAAUUGACAAGACUUCAAAUCACAAUUCCUCUGCGCAAACUCAAUAUAUGAAGCAAGUUCAAGCAAGUACGACAACCUUCAUCAGUCCAACCAGUGGAAUAAUACGAUAUUUCAGUAGCUACGAUGACCCAUUGGCCUACAGGUUGGAAUUUAUUACAAGUACCAUUAUUGCCUUAAUACUUGGUUUUUCAACAUUUGGAGUGGGAUUGAUUCAAAUUCCAAACUGGAGAGUCAUACCUAAAAUUACACUAUUAUCUGUACACGGCACUUUAUACCUAUUGUUUGAAAUGAGUUACGUAUUAUUGACCUGUGGAUUUAUUGUGAUGGUUCAGUUGGUUUCAGAACGAAAGAAAGCCAACACAAAAAAGUUGUUUUUUUCGUCCAACCUUUCUAGAACAAGAGAUGCCUCUACGAAAUUGUUGAUGGAUACCAUUGCAGAUGUUACUGGAGACGGUAGAAACUUGAUUUAUAGAUUUUGCUGUUCUGAGUUUUCCCUUGAGAAUUUAUUGUUCUAUGAAAAAGUGACACGUGUUAUAGAACAAGUGAAAGAAAAAAAGUAUGAACAGGAUGCAAAUGUAAUGAACAAGGCGAUUAGUGACAUGUAUAAUUCGUUUAUUGCCUCAUCUGGAUGUUUAGAAAUUUCUAUUCAAAGCGAAUUGAAAUCCAAAGUCACUCAUUUCAUUCACUCGAUUGAUUAUGUCACUACAGAUGAUGCUUCAUCCAUCUCUUCCGCCAACAAGAGAUAUUUAAUUUUCAAAGAUGGAGUUACAUACAUGCAGUCCAAUCACAAAAUUGCACUAGCCUUGUGUGAAAUUUUAGAAUCACUCCGAGAAACAGCCCUCCUGAAUUUACACGACACCUUCAGUCGCUUAAUUACCACAAAAGCAUUUAAGGUUUAUUUCGACAAGAGAGAAACUGAAAAGAGUGUCAUGAAACGAGCUGGAAUUAUCACCACUCAAGAUUCGAAUCUUUUCAUUUCGCUCAGAAAAGAAUCAAUUGAACUUGCAGAUAUUCAACAAGAUGUAACACAACCACCAACCAUGACUUCUCAUACCACCCUGACCUCACCAGGUAUCAGUCAUCCACAAGAGACACUUGUGACAUCUGUUCUCAAGCAAGAGGAAAAUCCAGAUGAAAUUUUAUUGACCGAUGAGAAUGUAGUUUAUACGGAGGACGAGAAACAUUCACGACAAUCUGAGAGUAGCGAGGAGAAUGAAGAAUUGGAAUAUGAUGUUCAAUACAAUACUCCAAAUGAUCAAUGA